GCAACACAGUCUUAUCUGAAAUUUAGCAUUCUCUGGAACCGUUCAGUUAUUCUCUUCAAGUCCCUUUCCUGCCCAAUACCUCCAAGCCAGACGACCUCUUCAUAUACUAGCAGGUCACUCAUCACCGUGAAGUUUUCGUGAACGUGUCCACUCUAACUCCUAGCUUAGAGGCCUAUCAUCGACAAGGAACUGAACGGAAGUUUACCACUGAGGAGUCGGCGAUUUGUUGCAACGGUAGUGAUUCACCUCUUGUCGAGAUGGUUAGCUCUCAUAUUGAUCGGCUCUCGGACGACAUCCUCCUUAUGAUAUUCAAGCUGGUGCGCGAGGAAGACCAAGCUGCCUUGGAUGAUUAUCUCCAGAAAGAAAAUGCCAUCAUAGGCAGACGUUGGGACGAUUGGGGAGAUGCACCCAGUGAAUUAGAUGAAUCAGAUGAAUUAAAUGGUGAUUAUGAGGAGUGGCGAUUCGAGCUAGCAAAUCGACUUUUUGCCGACAAUAUCACGGAUGACCCUCCACCUCGAUCAGCGCUCUUGCAAGCUACGCGUGUGUGCGAGCAUUGGCACGCACUCGUAUCCCAGACUCCAUCGAUGUGGACUGUGCUGGAAAUCUCCUUCCGUGAAGGUGCUGCAGCUCUUGAGCACGCGCGGACAUUUCUCCAGCGUAGCGGGUCAUGUCUCAUACAAAUCACAAUUCUUUGGGACAACCCCGCUUGGAUUGUACCAGUAUAUGAAAGUCUGGUCGAGAGGAGUGGAGGAACAUUUCCACCCCAAUCGCGUGAAGAAAUUAUGGCCGGUGUCCAUCUUGGCUCUGUCAUUCAGGAGCUAUAUGCCCAUGUGCAUCGUUGGCAUGAGUUUACGCUCAGGACGACCUCCAUUGCCCACACAUAUCAAGCACUUUCGUUGAUGUCACGCCCUUCCGUCCAUCCAGCCUGUGGACUAGAAAAAUUGCAUCUUCAAUUUAUACACAACUCACGUCAUGCAACUCAUUUUAUUGAUGAACCAUCGCUUUUCCCCGGUUCAGCGCCUCCCAUCCGCGAUCUUCUUCUUUUCGGCAUAACCUGGGCCUGGCCAUCAUCGUCCUAUGCUAUCGUCCAAUCUCACAAACCUCCGGAUCCAUUAUGAUACCCACAUGAAUGCAUACACCACAAAUUCACGCACGGGGCCUGAAGCAGAAAUGUUGUCGCAGUUCCUUGGCGCACUCAUCAACCUCCGGACUCUGGCGCUCGAGGUGAACCUUCAAUCUUUUAAUACACACACCAUCAAGUUGCCUCGUUUGCAUAGCCUGGCUAUCAAGUCGCGCACAAUCGAUUGUUGGGGCACGGGAUUUCUCCACAAUGUUCAAAUGCCUGAUCUUCGGAUCUUGACCUUGUGUGUAAACGCAGAGCAGCCUGACGACAGUAUUGAAUAUUUCCUUGAUGAAUUGGUAAAUCUUACCGAUUCUGAGGAUCCUCUAGAGCUGGAUGAACUCCACCUUUUCGAUUUUGCCCAGCAUGUAGAUGCUGGGUUCCUUCAUCGCCUGUACACCAAGAUGUCUAAGGUCAAAACAUUGACAUUAGGACCAGGGGAGGAUUACGACAAUCUCGUGCUGGCAACGGCGCUGCUCCCCA